AUGGCAAGUAAACUUAUUCUCUAUGGUGACAUGAUGUCACAACCAGUCAGAGCUGUCAGAUUCAUGUUGUUGAAUCAUAAGAUACCACAUGUAUUCAAAGCUGUAAAGAUUGCUAGUUUAGAGCAUCUCAGUGAUGAAUAUAAAAGGAUGUAUGAUCAAUCUAAAUAUAUCUAUAUCUAUCUAUCUAAUCAAUCAAUAGAGAUUAAAUUAACACUUUUAAAUUGCAUAUAUUGUAGUAACCCAUUACAUCUAAUACCAGCUCUUCAAGAUGGUGAUCUUACAUUGGUAGAAAGUCAUACCAUCAUGAGAUACAUUGCUCAAAAGUAUAAAUUGGAUCAAUUGUAUUCCACUACCGAUUUAAUUCAAAGAUGUAAAGUUGAUAUGUAUUUAGAUUGGCACCAUUUAGGAUUACGUAAAGCUAGUACGAUGGUAUUUUUCUCUAAAUUUGUUGCACCAAGGAUUGGUAGAGCAGUCAAUCAGGCUGCACUAGAUAUGGAGAUCAUGAACCUUCAAACUUCACUAAGCAAAUUUGAAUCGAUUUGGUUGGGAGACAAGAAAUUCAUUGUUGGUGACCGACCCACUUUGGCCGACUAUUCAGCAUUUACAGAGAUAUCUAAUCUAAGAUUUGUUCCAGUUGAAUUCUUUGACCUUUCAAAAUUCCCAAAGAUUGAUGCAUGGCUAAAAAGAUUUGAAUCUUUUGAUGGGUAUGAAGAAAGUCAUCUAAUCUUUAAAAAGGUAUUAUCUAAAUUGUAA